UAUCACGUGUUAUUUACUUCCUUUUAGAAAUGGGCUGAGCUUGUUAAAUAUGAUGAACUGAGAUACUGUUCUCCUAUUUUAUUGAAUAUAAGGUUAUGGCUUCCUCUUUUGAUCAGUGUGGUGUUUGUACUUCAAGACAUGUCUCUAAGCUCUCAGUGGUGUGGUGCCCAGAUUGCGAUGAAGGACUAUGCCAAGACUGUAAAAAACAUCAUAGCUUGUCAAAGGCAUCAAGAAACCACACGACAGUUCCUAUCGAUGAAUAUCAUAAGUUGCCAUCCUUUAUUGCAAACAUUAAACUACACUGCGAUGAACACGAUGAGAAGUUCCAAUUGUUUUGCAAGCAGCACGAUGAAGUGUUAUGUAGAAAAUGCGCUAUUUCUGAGAAACACGCAGAAUGCAAAGCAAUAAUCCCCAUUGAAGAUGUGAUUCAAAAUGCUAAAACAUCUGUAGCAUUUACAGAAAUCGAGUCCUCAUUCCAAGCAUUAAAUGAAAACAUGCGUCUUAUUCUUCAGGACAGACAAAAGAAUAUAUCGGCACUGUCAGAUUCGAAAAAUAAACUCAAAUCCGAUAUAUCAGCGAUUCGACAUAAGAUAAAUCAACAUCUUGAUCAAAUACAAGACCAUGUCAUUGUUGAACUAAACAAAGCUGUGGAAAAUUCAACCCAACAAAUACAGAGCUUCAUUGCAUCUGUGAGGAAAAAUCAAAAUGAAAUUGAUGAGUGCAUAGACGAUGUAGAAACCAUAAAGAAAUAUGCAACAGACAUGCAAACAUUUUUAGGCAUCAAACAAUUAGAAAACAAAUUGAAUGAAACGGAAAACGAAACAUUGCUCUGGACUAGAAGUAAUAGUUUGGGUCCAACCGUAGUGUCUUACCAAUUAAACACUUUACUUCAAAAUAUAAGUAACGAAAUAACUACCUUUGGUAAACCUGUCGUACAUGUCCAACCAUGUGAACUAUCAUUACUCAGAAAAAAAGAGGGACAGGCACAGUUAACGGUACGUCUUGAACCUAAAACUUCAGUGGAGCAUAUAACGCUGAAAUUAAAAACGAAAUUCAAAACGUUUUGUACUGAUGUGUCAGGCUGUUGUAUUUUACAUAGCGGCAAACUUGUGGUCUCAAACCAUAAUCCUUCGAAUUUGAUAUUGUUUGCACCUGAUGGGAAAUUUGAAAAAAAGAUUUACAACAUCAUCCCUACUAUUUAUGACGUUGCAUAUGUUUACAAUGAAACUGUUGCGGUAGUAUCAAAUAAUGAGAAGAAUAUUAAACUUGUAAAUCUGAAAUCGGGGAAAGCAUUCAGAAGCAUUCAUACAGAUUUACCUUCCAAUGGUUUAACUUACAUUAAAGGCAGUUUUAUAAUUUCUUCUGGUGAAAAACAUUUACUGGAGGUCGGGCUAGAGAAUACCAAGACAAAUAUGAUUGGCAGUAAUGUAGUAUCUACAUAUGUAGCUUCAUUCGAGAAUAAUAUUUAUUCUAAAAUGAAAGAUAAAAAUACAAUAGUCUGUCAAAACAGAAACGGGGAUUUACUAUGGACUUUUACAGACGAAACAGUUAUAAAAGGAAACAGGUGUAUUACAGUAGAUGCACAUGGAAAUCUUUUUGUCGUCGGAAAGGAAUCACAAAAUGUAAUUAUAAUAUCAUCUGAUGGCACAAAGCAUAAAAUACUCCUGUCAGAAAAAGACUUGUGUGGUGUUCCGUGGGCAAUAGACUACCAUAGCGAAUUGAAAUCUUUGCUUGUAGCAAACGAAAAAGAUGGUCAAGCAUUUUUGUACACUGUAAGCUACUCGUAAAUAUAUUUUCAGCUGUUGCAUUGUUUUGAUCAAAACUUUUUUACAUAGAGAACUUAAUUAAUUUAAUCAAGAAUAUGUCAUACAACUGCAACUAAUAAACUUUUCUUCAGUUUUUGUUACGCACACACAUUGAAUGUCGCAGCAUUAAGACGUAGCGAUUCUACAUUCCAUUGUUUAUGCCUUCGUCUACCUUCAGAAACCAACAACUUUCUCGAACCUUCAUGGAAUUUUACGAAAUUGGACAGUAGCUUUGUCAUAAUUAAAAGAUUUUUUUCGUAUAUUUUUUAACAUUGGUCCGUAUUUUUCUGAUAAUGAAUAUUACUGAUUUUACUUCUUGGGGAAUUAAUACAGAUAUAUGUAUAAAUCUGUACGUUUACAUACAUCAACCUACAUGGACUUGGACAUAUGCGUCUUCAUCAUCACGAGAGAUAAUCCAAAGUUAAAUUAUAAAAAUAUUUUGGUAUCAUACUAAUGAAUAUAAUUCGUGUUUUAAUAGCAGUUGAGAGUUGGGUGUAGACAUCAACAACUUUGUGAACCCUUUAUAGAGUUUAAUAAGACUCUGGCCGAAAGAUUCCUUAAGAUACAUAGAUAACAUCUAAAGAAAAAUGAUAAAAUAUUUCUUUUUCGUUUUUCAAUAUUUCACAUGCUUUAUUGAUAAAUGGACUUAAUGUUUUUAAGAAAUAAAACACUUUGUUAAUCUUCCAUUGGAAAGCUACGAAACUUGGUAAGAAACUCCUUCAAGAUCAAGAAAUAACAUUCAAAGAGAAAGGUGUUACCACAUCUUUCUAAUAAAUGAAAAUAGUUGACAGUGAACACUUAUUUAUUAUAUUUUAACACUACCACAAUAAACGGCAGGCGAGAAUCUGUAUUACGCGGAACUCUUCGCUAGUUUCUGUUUUGAAUUUGUAAUGCAAAUAUGUGAUAUUAGUAUAAAACUAAAUACUACUAAAGUAACUGGUUUCUCAUUUCUGAAACUAACGACUUUAUUUAUUUUUCUUGUUAGCAAAAAAUAGUUAGAUGUGAAUACAAAUUACGCAAGUGUUGUGUAUCCUGUUUUCGGUUCAUCAUUUAUAAAGUGACUGUUACUUUUUUCUCU